UUGACAGGAGGUUUGCUAAAAGAGUUUAUGUAAAGAUGCCUGGAAAAGAGACGAGAAAAGAUAUGCUGAGUCAUCUUCUGUCCAAACAUGGCAGUCCCCUUUCUAGUCAGGAGUUAGACCACAUUGCACAAUUGACGGAGGGCUAUUCAGGUAGUGAUCUUAAUGCUUUGGCAAAGGAUGAAGCUCUUGGUCCAAUAAGAGAUUUAUCAACAAAAGAGGUGAAGACUGUGGAUGCAAAUCAAGUACGGAAUAUUACACAAAAGGAUUUUUUGGAGGCCCUCAAAAGAAUUCGACGAAGUGUCGCACCAGAAAGUUUACAUCAGUAUGAGACUUGGAAUUUAGAAUAUGGAGCUGUUGGUGUAUAAAGGGUGUAGGAAUUUAAUUUUUUUUAUAAUUUACAUUCCAGACUUGCAAUUUUUUCCAUUUCCAUUUGUAUCAUUGAAGUCAUAACUCAUGAGCUGUAUGUACUUGAAAAUCAGAAUUCAAGACUUUUUAAGGUACAUCAGUACCUUUCUAUGCAUUUGUAUACAUGCAUUAUGUAUUAUGAAGUGCUUUAAUUUUUGUAAAUCAUGUUAAUGACAUCCUUUUUGAGAACUUGCAAUUGUAAAAUAAGGUUGUCUUACAAGGGCAUUAACCUUAAUAACAAAUUUACCGAGACCUCAUUUGAUAAGUACAUGUAUAAAAAAAACCAUUUGGUUCAGUAACACCACAUGCAUUCAUAUCGGUGUACACUUAAGUAAGAAUAUGGUUACAAGAAUUUUGCUAAUUGUGUUUAUUUUAUAAUCCUUUACAAACUUGAAUGAGAAUGAAAAUAAAUUGUUUUCAAACCUAGUAACAAUGCAGAAACCAUGAACUAAAGAUAACAAGUUUGUCAAGAGUUUUUUGAAAUAUGAUCUCACACUUACAAGUGUGGCUUAAUAAAAAGUAGAUCAU